AUGGAAAAUAUCGAGACCGUUGUUCGUUUGGCCGACAAAUACGAUGUCCUCGAACAUGUCAACGCUUUUGCCGUGUUUCUUAAGGGCCAACUGACAUUGGAUAACAUGUGCUGGGGCUAUCAGUUGGCCGUUAAUCUCAAAAAUGAAGAAUUGGUCGAGUUCUGUGAGGACAAAAUUGCCAGAUCGCCAAAGAAAAUCUUUGCUACCGACGCAUUUCAACGUUGCGAUAAAAGUAUUUUGAAACGCAUCAUUGAACUGGAUUUUACAUGCAAGGAAAUCGAUAUAUUUGAUGCCUGUUUGACGUGGGCCAAAUACGCAUGCGAGAGAAACGACUUGGAUGCAGCAGAUGCGGUGAAUCUAAGAACUCAACUCGGCGAUUGUUUGAAUUUAAUUCGAUUUGGCUUAAUGAUAGGCAAAGAAUUCAGCAAACGUUACAUGUUGCAUAAGGGGCUAUUCACAUGGGAAGAGUUCGAAGAUAUUAUGCUUUCAUUAACAGUGGAGGAAUACGAACCAAAAUUUUUUAAUCGAAAUUCUCGAUGCUACACUUGGGACACGGGUAAUAUUUUGCGUUGUCAGCGGAAAACCAAAAUGGGUGUUGACCCAAAAAAGUACAUAAACACUCAAGAAGUAACUUCGUUUUCAUCGAAUAUUCACCUAUUGCUGGGAGAAAUUCAAACAGCAUACGAAUGCUCUGGAAAUAGUUGGAACUGA